AUGAAACUUGAGAGCCUAACGACGAACCGGGUGCUCAAAUACGCGGUAAAAAUCAAAAUUCAGGUGUCCUGGAACGACGCGAAAGCGUACUGCCGUUGGAGGGGCGGCCGACUGCCCAGCGAGGCGGAGUGGGAGCGUGCGGCUCAGGGCGACCCGGUAGAAGCAGCAGGCGAGGGCGAGGGCGAGGAAAGGGGAAGGGCAAUGCCGCGGUACCCGUGGGGAGACGAUCUUACGCCGGAGGGCCAGCACCGCGCGAACAUAUGGCAGGGCACAUUUCCGACCCUCAACCUGGCAGAGGAUGGGUUCCCCUACACGUCCCCCGUCGACGCCUUCCCUCCGCAGAACUCCCUGGGUCUGAGAGAUGCCGUCGGCAACGCGUGGGAGUGGGUGGAGGACUGGUGGACCCCCGAUCGGUCCAAGUACAAGCAGAACAAUCCACGGGGCCCCAAAAGGGGAACGGAGAAGACCAAGAAGGGGGGGUCUUUCCUGUGCCACCACACCUACUGCUACAGGUACCGUCCGGCCGCCCGCACCAAGUCCGAUAUCGACAGCGGCACCUCGAAUCAAGGCUUCCGUUGCGCCGCGGACGUUCCGAAGACGGCACCGCGAUCAGGCGGCGGCGCCGCCGCCGCCGCCGCCGGGGGGGGGGCAACGAACAAUGACGGCAAGGCCGAAAGAAGUGGCGACGAUGAUGAUGAUCAUGGCGACCCAAGAAAAAACGGAAAGCUGUGA